AUGAAUACCGACAUCUACCCCACCCUCGGCGCCGCCAUCGCCAUAUUCAUCACCAUCGUGUACCAGGCCUACUACAUGUACACCGGCGGAAGCCUCACUGGGAGCCCGUGGGGCUGUCUAAUUGCGAUCUCCAUGGUCGUUGGCGAACCCAUACUCCGCACCGCUCUCGCCGUAACAACCGCUAAAUCUUGCGAUACUAACGAGAUCGUACUACCGCUGAGCUUUGGGUGGCUGAGCCAUGCGGUGACCUCCCUUCUACCUGUCUUGGCGGGCGUGCGUGGCCUCAUGCCAGAGCCCGAGAUCGAUUGUCAGAUUGUCAACAUGAAGUCUGGGAAGUCGCGGAAGAACAAGAGCUGGGUAUUGGCGAGUAUGGUGCGUGACCUGGAGAAAGAGACAGAUGAUAGCGUCGGCGGGCUCAACAUUUCUGUCUACGAGGCUGGAAAGGUGAACACCCGAGCUGUGGGCGACCGUUGUCCUUACACAUUGACCAACUUCACUUUCUGGGUACAGUUCGUGCCAAUCACUGUUGUUGAGCUGUUCCGAAUUUCUCACCCGAAAUACCUGUUCCAGGACUCGGCAUUGAUCUUGCUGCUGGUCUUCUUUGGUAUGUGUUUGAGCAUUUUGACGACGCAGCUUUCCGCUUGGCGCGCUGAGAAGUUCACCGCCCGUGCCGAUGGAGGAGAUAAGAACGUGUAUGCCUUGACGCGCGGCGAUGGCCACCGUCAUGUCUUCAUCAUCCGCAACUGCCACGGCAAAGCUCUCAAUCUGGAGGACCUCGCAGUUGCAGGCACAUCCAACUAUGACUGGUUCGGUACCGGAGGUGGGUAUAUUCUCAUCGGUACUACGCUGGGCUGGCUGGCUUUCACCGUCGUCGCAUGUCACCUCACACGCGGUGCUGCUCUCUUAUUCGGGGUUCUGGCACUCGGAUCGGUCUCCAACAUCAUCACCGCCGCUUGUCCUGCAGACUUCUUCCGCCGCGUUGCCCAAUACAUGAACACUUUGCCCGGUGCCUACAAGCGGAACCAGCUCGUCAUCAAAUCGCCGUGCCCCAUCGACCUCACCUUCCGCGAAUCGUUGUCCCACGGCAAUGUCAUGGAAGCUCUGAAGAAUCUUGAGACACGAUUCCCCGGGUACGGUGAGAAGCUACUCAAGAUAUUCUUCCCUACCCAACCUAGUCCGGAGGACGAGCUCUUCUGGGCGAACGCAAAGGCAGAGAUCAACCGAGAGCAUACCCGCGGAGCCGAAGAGACGAAAGAUGGCAACAAUCAGGUACACGAUGAGGUAGUUGUGGAACCAGAGGAACUCGAAGAGGCCAUGGGAGAUGCAGCCACCCCGACAUCCUCUUCCGCCUUCCUAGUGGGCGAGGAGCAGGGCAGCUUGCAGAAGGUGGCAGAAGAGGACGACAACGUCGCCAAGAAGAACCAGGGUGAGAAGGAGCGGCGAGUGAUCGAGGGUGAGGGCACCAGCCCCAAGUCGGCCUACCUCAAGAGCCGCCGUCGGGGCUAG